GGGGGUUUGGGGGGAUUUCGGGGUGUCCCCCCCCCAAGAUGUGCGUGUCCCCCCCCCCAGUGAACACCCACUGUCACGCCGACCACAUCACGGGCUCGGGGACGCUGCGGGGGGCCCUGGGGGGGCUCAGCGCCAUCUCGGGGGCCAGCGGGGCCCAGGCCGACCUGCUGCUGGGGGAGGGCGACGAGCUGCCCUUCGGCGCCUUCGCGCUGCGGGUGCGGGCCAGCCCCGGGCACCCCGGCUGCCUCACGCUGGUGCUGGACGACGCCUCCAUGGCCUUCACCGGCGACGCGCUGCUCGUCCGCGGCUGCGGCCGCACCGACUUCCAGCAGGGCUGCCCCCGCACCCUGUACCGCUCCGUGCACGAGAAGAUCUUCACCCUCCCCGACAGCUGCCUGGUCUACCCCGCCCACGACUACCAGGGCCACACGGUGUCGACGGUGGGGGAGGAGCGACGCCUCAACCCCCGCCUGACGCUGAGCCCCGACGAAUUCGUGGCGCUGAUGGAGGGGCUGCGCCUGCCCCGGCCCCGCCUCAUGGACGUGGCCAUUCCGGCCAAUCUGCGCUGCGGGAUCCAGGAUUAAGCCCCGCCCCCUUUUGGGGGGGUGAAGAGAAGCCACGCCCCCCCGCCGGACGAAGCCCCGCCCCCCUCGCCGGAAAGCCUUGACCCCAUUGGACGAAGCCUCGGGGGGAAGACACGCCCCCCUCCCGGCGAGGCCACGCCCCCCCGCAGACGCCCGUUGCCGCCUCUCUGGCCGGCCCCGCCCCCUGCGGGGCGUGGCCCCGCCCCCUUCCCUCUGGCCCCGCCCCCUCCCCCCCCCCCCCAAAUAAACGGCGAACG